AUGCAUCGUCUUUUUGCUGAGCUGGAGCCAUCUUUAACCGUCACAGAGCAAAACCUGGCAGACCGAGUUCGGUAUAUCUUGCGCUCAAAUAUAUUUGAUGUCGCCGAACUCGAACGGCUACGACGUGAGGCUGUUCCCUCGUCGGAUGAGAAUGCUACGGCUGAGGAUGCGGCGCCACAAAUGGUAGAGCAACCCGCAAACGUGGAUGCCGCCGUGAAUACCCCAGUUGUGGUUGAUUCAAACGAUGAUGGAACAGUCGCCCAGGAACUGGAAUUAGAGCAUAUGAGGAGUAUAUUGGAAGAGGCGAUUGUGGAAACGCGCAGUACGCCUCUCGAAAAUCGACCGCGACUUCCCCGCAUAGGCCUAAGCAAGCGGAAUCGGGCUGUCGUGAGGGCUCUGAACCCAAUGCUGGUUACCUAUUUGGAAGCCAGCCGGGACCUUUGCGAGACGGACUCAAUUCUUUUUGGCGCCGCGCUGGCAGUCUGCCGUAUCAUAGGCGCCAAGGUUUCCACGGCUGGACGCGCUACUGGCCAUAGUAGCGCUAUCCCAGCAUGGAGAAGAAGAAUUCAGGAACGUAUCGCAAAGGCUAGAGCUCUCAUCGGCAGACUGAUAUGCUUCAGAUCAAGCAACAACAGGCCAAGAAUUGUGCGCACCGUCAGGAUGGCGUUUGCUGGGACAAAUGUCAGUUUGUCCCAGCCUGAUAUAACGCAAAAACUGACGGAGCGCAUAGAUGAUCUGAAGCAGAGAAUCGCUGCUUGA